CCUACUCAGACUCAAAGCGUAGAAAAAAAUGUGAAGGUGCAUAAAGAAGAAGAAAGUGCCAAAUUAAAAACAUCUGAGGGUAAAAAGCCAUUGACACUUACUUCACCAGUUCUGUCUUCAUCACCACGACCAAGUUCUCUUCUAAUAAAUGCAAUUGCUGGAGAAGCAAAGCUUAACCAGGAAACAGUUGAAGGGGAAAAACUUUCUCUAGAAGAGCUCAGGUCUCAGAUCUUUGAUCUCCUGUUGGUUGUAGAAACCUUGAAAAAAGAGCAUGGGAAACAACUGGAAAAAUUGAAAAAAGACUUGGAAGAAGAAAAACAGAUGCGAAGUAACCUAGAGAUGGAAAUAGAAAAGCUCAAGAAAGCUGUCAUAGCCACAUGAAAAAGCUACAUACCGUGGAUCCUUAACGUGCCAGGAUUUCAGAGUCAGAAAUGAAAUUGACUUUAACUUCAAGCCAACAAAUGAUAGCAUUCCACUAAAAAAAAGCUGAAUAUAAUCUUAUUUAUAUUCUGUGAGCUAUGAGAAAAAAUGGAUAGCUUUUUUGUUUGUUUCUUGCCAAUAUAGGAGAGGCCUUAUUUCUUACUGUGCAGGUAUGGCAGGGUUUGCUUGAAAAUACUACUGAAUCUGUAUAAAAAGGGGGUUCUUAGUAGAUUUUUAUUGAAUAUACCCUAAUUUUAAGAGAUCUGUACUAUAAAUAAGGCAAUAUAACUUUGAAAAUAAUCUGUAAAAUAGAGUAUAGGAGAGAGGCAGAUGGUAUAGUUUUGUAUUCAUUAUGGUGACUACCUUUUCCACCAUGCUAAAGGGAAUAUGAUGUUAAUCAUAUGGUGUUUUAUAGUUCUGAUCUUUUGAGUUUGUUUUCACUAUGAAGCAGAAGGAUCACCAAACCCUAGCACUAUGACCUUUUAAUAUUCCUUUAACUGAGAACUCAGUACUGUUUCUUGCACUGUAGGACUCAUAGAAAGGGUUUAUAAUUGGAGCACAUGGACGCAUACAGACAUGCAGAUACUCAGAAAAAUCUAAGCAUAAAAUUGAGAUAAUCCUAUAAUAUGACAUUAUCCCUAAUUAUUGCAGAAUGUGAUAUGUUAAAUAUUCUUGUUUCAUUUCUUUUCACAAAUUAUAAUCUAACACUACAAUAUUGUCAGCUUUAAAAAUGCUUUGCACUAAUAAUUGUAACAUUUUAAAAACCUUCAUAUAACAAAAUGUUUAUAGCUGCCAGUUUUCAUUUUAGAAAAUAUAGUUUUCUAAAUGCAGUCUUAAAAUAAGGGUGUAUCAUCUACAAGGCUAUUACAGUAUUCAGUAAAUCAGUAAUGGAUUUUUAGAUAAAUAUUUGGCUUAUGCUUUAGAAGUCAAAUCAAAUUACUGUAUAUUUAAACACGGACUCUUUGAGUCAUCUUGUUUAAUUUAUUUCCACACUCUAAAAUACAAAUUUAUACAUACAAAUUAAAUAAAUAAAAUCCCAUUUUUUUUCCUGUAAAGAAGAGAAACUGAACAAGUUCAGUGCUCUGUUCAAGCCAAAGGUAAAAAUACAGUUCAGCCCUUUUAUUCCUCUAGCAUUGCUAUCCUAAAACAUUAUAGAAAGUGUUUCAAGAAUGAUUUUAGGCUUGUUCUAAGUCAAUGGAAAGUUUUGAUGCUUAUCUCCUGCUUUAGAUGACAUUAACAUUUUGUCUUACUUGGAUGUGAACAAACCAUGUUGGUGUUCUUAACAUGAAAAAAAUAUUUCUAAUUCCAGUUAUAAAUCAAUGGAUUAAAAUGUGGAAAUGAAAACAUGGGUGUAUAAAGUCAUGAUGCUUGUUUGCUUACUAUAUGGAUACAGAGCUAAUGACAAAUAUCUAAUAUAUCAGUUUAGUUAAUGAUCAUCCUAUUGCCAGUUUUCCUUAAUAAUCACAGUAAUAAAUAAUGUUCUCAGAUUAUUAAGUUCUUGCUCAACUCUUAGAGAUAAUCUUAUACUAAUUUUUAAUUGUUAAGAGAUUCAUAAUUCUUGGCUUAGUAGUCUAAAUCAUUACUUGUGUUUAUUGGCCAUUUUGCGGUUUCCAUGCAGAGAAUUCAGAGAUGGGAGGCAUGUUUAAUCUAGAACUGAUAUUUUGCAAGCAGUCCUCUGCAAAGCUCAGAUAGGAAAAAGAAAGAAGCCAUCUUCUUCAACAAGCGUGGUGGACUAACAAAUGAAAAAGGUGUCCAUCCUCCAAGAGGCACCUUCACCAGAAGUACCUUCGUAUUUUGCUGCUGCUGUCCCAUCCAGAGCAAGUAGGGAAAAAAGCUAUUCCCCCCUUUGUCAUAGGAAAAAAAAAUUUUUUUUUUUGCUUUCCUUGAAUAGCAGCAGUUACGCAUUCUCAGUGCCCUUU